AAGUGUUCAACCAACAUCCGUUUUCUCGAUUUCACAGGUCACUUCCACCUGCCAGCACAGUACACGUUACCUCUCACUCUACCCCCCACAACCUCACACUACCACAUACGCUCACUCCUCGUAUAGCUUUUGCCGUUGAAAACGUUCACGCAAAACGACGUACACCUUCUGAAGACAAUCUUACCGAAACCCGAUUCAAAAAAAAAUCGCCGGUAAUGCAACAAGAGCCCUCAUCAACAGAAAGAGAAAUCAUCUUCAACCUAACCUGGCGCUACCUCUCCCACGCCGCCGUCCCCGCCAUGCUUCCCGCCAGCGCUCUCGACGCCAACGCCUCUAUCCCACGCGCGUUUUGCCCAGAGGUUUAUGAUGGAGUGAGGAAGACGGUGAGGGAUAUGCGCGAGGAAGGGCAGUGGGCGGUUUGGUAUUGGGUUGUUGGGCCUGGAGAUGGAGAAGGGAGGGAUGAGCAGAAGGAGAGAGUAAGCUGGCAUCCGUGUUUUAGGCUGCCUGCGAAUCGGCGUGUCGUUACACGUAACGUUCACUUGAACACCUCCCCUACCUCUAUCCCUUAUCCUAACACCAACACCACCCCCUCACUUCCCGGCCCUCCUCCACCCCGCCGGCGUUCAAUAUCCUCUUUCUCCUACCUAUCCACCAACCCGGACCACCACACCCCUAACCCCAUCGUUAAUCCCAUCGCCAACCCACACAGCAGCCACAUCCGGCGAUCAAGCGCCGACACAACGCGUCCAAUGAGUUCAGUUCGCGAAGAAGGUAGGAGCGAGGAGGGUAGUAGGAUAAGGAAGAGUUCGAGUUUACAUGUCAGGCCGUGGAUGGUUAGCAAAUGAGUGAAGAGAGGGAGAAGGAAGAGAGUGUAUUGGAUGGAAGAUUUCAUUG